CGAUUACUCGUAGUACUGCCAGUUGUAUAAGCAUAAGUACGCUGGGUAUAAAGUAAUUGGGAACAAGAUUCGUGAGUGCAUUACGCUGAAUAAUCUCGAUCCGAAAGCGCGUUUGGUGUUUUUUUUCGUUUAAUAUGGUCACAGUAAUUUUGAGCCAAAAGAACAGUUAGAUUGCAUAUUUGUUGUGCUCUGAAUUCGACUACAUACUUUUAUGUAGCAGCCGGUAAACUCAGUUUAAUUCAAAAUGCGGGCAGCGUUGUUACUGGUGGUUGCCGUUCUGGUGGGGACCGUGGUGAGCGUGGACGUGUGGUGGGAGUCGGCCGUCGUCUACCAGAUAUACCCGCGCUCCUUCAAGGACAGCAACGGGGAUGGGAUCGGAGAUCUUAACGGUAUAACGCAGAAGCUGGCGUAUCUUAAAGAGACGGGUGUGGAUGCGAUAUGGCUGUCUCCGAUCUUCCUCUCCCCGAUGUAUGACUUCGGCUACGACAUCACUGACUACAGGAAGAUAGCCCCGGAGUACGGGACCAUGGACGACUUCGAUGCCCUCAUGUCUAAAGCCAAACAAUUAGGAAUUCGUGUGAUCCUGGACUACGUGCCGAACCACACGAGUAAUGAGAGCGAGUGGUUCGUGAAGUCUGCCCAGAAGGACCCCAACUACAGCGACUACUAUAUCUGGGCUGAUGGGAAAACAGACCCCGAGGAUCCAAGGAAACUGUUACCGCCUAGUAACUGGGUUAGCGUUUUUCGUAAGAGCGCGUGGGAGUACAGCCCUGUCCGGAAGCAGUACUACCUGCACCAGUUUGUGAUUGGCCAGCCAGACCUCAACUACCGCUGCGAUAAAUUACGCGAAGAGAUGAAGGAGGUGCUUCGCUUCUGGCUGGAAAAAGGAGUUUCUGGUUUCCGUGUGGAUGCUGUAAACUUGAUGUAUGAAGUAGACCCCGCUAAGUUCGGUGAAGUAUACCCGGAUGAACCGGUCUCAGGUACUGCCGGCACGACUCCAGACGACUACGAUUAUCUCAACCACAUCUAUACGCGAGACCAAAACGAGACUUAUGACGUCAUUUACGAAUGGAGGGCUCUCCUCGACGAGUACAAUGACAAACACAACGAAUCAAAGAUCAUGAUGACCGAAGGUUACACGACGCUACCAAACAUGAUGCGUUACUAUGGCAACAAGAGUAUCAACGGAUCUAUCCCAUUGAACUUUGCGUAUCUUGAAGAGUUGAAGAAUACUUCGACAGCGAGAGAUAUUAAGAUGGUGGUUGAUAAAUGGAUGACGUUUAUGCCAACUGGAAAGAUCGCUAACUGGGUGAACGGAAACCACGAUAAGAGUCGUCUGGCAUCCCGGUACGGAAUCAACAGGAUAGACGCCAUGAACAUGUUAGCCAUGAUACUCCCCGGAGUGACCAUAACAUACCAGGGUGAAGAAAUCGGCAUGACCGACGGGUACGUGAGCUGGAGGGACACUAAGGACCCGCAGGCAUGCAACACGGACGACCCCAUGAACUAUUGGCGCGUGUCCCGCGACCCCGCGCGCACCCCCUACCACUGGGACAGCACCGCGCUCGCCGGCUUCACCAGCGGCAACACCACCUGGCUGCCCGUCGCCGACAACUAUCACACUGUUAAUCUAGCUGCUCAGGUGGCUGCGCCCAAGAGUCAUUAUAAGUUCUACAAGGACAUGGUUGCGUUGAAACGUCUGCCCGCGGUGCGCGCCGGUGACCUGGACCUGCGAGCUCUGUGCGACUCCGUCUUGGUUAUUACUAGGCUGCUGCCUGGUCAGUCCGCGGUACUGGGCAUCAUGAACCUGUCCGGCGGCGAGAUAACUGUAAACCUCAGCUCACUGCGACUCAUCCCACAACAGCUCACCGUCGAAGCUUCAGGCGUCAACUGCUCGCUUGAUAAAGGAGCUCAAGUUCAGAAGCACAGCAUCCAAAUGCCAGCUCACUGCGCUCUGGCCCUGAAGUCCUCACAAAUUUGCUGCUAAUCAUCAUCAGUCGCCAUAAUCAGCUUUUAAUCAUCCCAUUUGAACAGUUCCCAGUAUUCAAAUGACCUAUAUCUACAUUUUUUAUUGCCUUUUAUUACCUUUGUUUACCAAGCAUAUACUUCUGGUAAAGUAAAGUUGUAUAUAAAUAAAUAUAUGUAAAUAAUA